CAUCAACACGUGACACCAGUCUGACAUGACUCAGUUGUUGGACUAUUACCACUGACCCUUCCAUGCUGAAACAGAAAAUAUCGUAUGCUGACCAUCAUUGUUGGCUGUAAGGAAUAUCAAGCUGACAGAAAAGCAUGACGGGUGCUUUAAAGGUUUUCCUCCUUCUACUUCAAGGUAGCUUAUGCUUGAAGUGGGAAAUCACCAUGCCUCUGAGAAUAGAUGGACUAACUGGAUCCUGUGUGAAGGUCCCCUGCACUUUCGACAUCGACUCAAUGUAUGAUGUAAAUCUGGAUAAUUCCUGCAAAGCAAUUUGGAUCAGAGGAAGCACGGCCGGAAUAAAUGUGUUUGAUUCCAGCCUCACUGGAGAUCAGGCAAGCGGAAACAUUCUGAAAGGAAACCUCACAGGGAACCUGCAGAACAAGGAGUGCACCACCAUCUUCUACAACAUGCCACCGUCCCAUUCUGACAACUACUUCUUCAGGAUUGAGUGUGAUAACAGGCUGAAGUACCACUUUCCAACAGGAAUCCGUAUCACCACUCAAAAUUCACUGGACCAACCUACUGUACCAUAACUCCAUCUACACUGGAGGUAGAAGAGGGGGCUCUGGUGACGUUGAACUGCACGGCUGUAGCUCCGUGUCCCAUCCUUCCCCCAGAUCUGAC